AUGCCUGUUUCGUAUGCCCCCGUUGAUUCUCAACAGUAUCCUCCAACCUACUCGGCCCCUGAGUAUGCCCGCGGCACACAAACCGAUGUCAGAGGGGACGCACGAUACCUCACCCGUACCCCCAGUCCGACCCCAUCAGAAGCAGAGGUCCUCAGUCCACAGAAGAAGAAACGACGCGGGUUUCUUCUGGCGCUUCUCAACCCCGAGACAUUCAAAGAUCCGAAGGAACUGAUUCGUCUCGUUAUCACUGUCGUCAUCAUCGCAAUCGUCGUCCUCUUCAUUGUGUACCAGCAAAAGAUUGUCGAAUGGUUGAGGCCAUUCGCAGACUGGAUGCGUAGGACGCCAGGCGGAUGGCUCAUUCCAAUCGCGAUCCUGAUUGUGAUGUCUUUCCCUCCUCUGUUUGGGCAUGAGAUCAUCGCCGUCCUCUGCGGAGACGUGUGGGGCAUCUGGAUCGGCUUCGGGAUCGUCGCCGCAGGCACCCUCUUCGGAGAGCUCGCGAACUACUUCGUGUUCCGGUGGUUCUGCAUGGCGCGCGGCAAGAAAUGGGAAGAGAAGAAGCUGCAGUAUGCGUUGCUUGCGGAGGUCGUCCGUCAGGGCGGCUUCUUGAUCGCGGUCAUUAUUCGGUUUUCUGCUAUCCCCGGACAUUUCACCACCGCCGUGUUCGCGUCGUGCGGAAUGGGUGUGUUCACGUUCCUGGGCGCAGCUACCCUCUCCCUACCGAAGCAGCUCGCGACAGUCUACCUCGGCGCCGCGCAGAGCACCGAUAACGUGUCCAAAAAGACGAAGACAAUCAAGACCAUCGUGAUCAUCAUCACCAUCGUCGUGACCAUCUUCGCGAUGCACUACGUGAAGGUGCAGACCGAGAGGAUCAAGGAGGAGGUCAUUUACCGCCGGCGCAAAGCGAGACAGGCGAAGCUGCGCGCUGCGGCCGGUUUGGAGCCCGACCCGGAGAGCGCGUUCGCGCACGACGUCGCGGACCCGCUGCUCGGCCGCCCGACCGAGACUGUCCAGCUCGACGGCGUCAGGCUGGAGGUGCCCACGCCGCAGCACGCGCCGUCGCACGGGUACGCGUACGCGCCGCCGCCAGGGCCGCCACCGCCGGCUCCUGGAACAUGGCAGCCAGACGUGUACCGCGGUGCGAGCCCUGCGGCAAGAGGGUGAAAGGCGCGCGCGCAUAUUGUUGGGUUCGCGCUUUCGAGUAUGGACGAUGGCUGGGGCUGUCGGUGAUGGGGGUCGCUGCCGGGGUUGGUCGUAGCUACACAGGCGAAGCGCGUGUAACUUAUGCACGUAGGUGGAUGGUGUCAGUUAGGAGAUGACGCUGUACGGUGGUCUCGCCUUCCUCGGACAUGGACUAGACUUCUAUACUGUACCGCGAUGCCUUGAUGCUUAUAGCCUUGUACAAUAGCUAGGAUGCUCAGGUGUCGUAAUACGAUUGACCUGUCGAGCCGCUCCAUCAGCGGGACCGCAGGUGAAGGUAUAUCCUGUUGCAAUGUACAGGUUGUAUGACAAGUGC